UUCCCCCCUCUUUAGACCUACCAUCUUUUUCGGGGGGCGUGGGGAGAGAGUCUCAGAUUGUCUUUGUAAUUUCUUCUUUCGUUCUCUUUAUUUUGCUUCUCUGUUUUUGUUUUUCGGUGUUUCGCUCAUUUUGUUCUAUGUUUCAGGUUUUUUGUUUCUCUCUCUCUCUCUCUCUCUCUCUCUCUCUCUCUCUCUCUCUCUCUCUCUCUCGCCUCUCGCCUCUCGCCUCUCGCCUCUCUCCUCUCUCAUAGGGAGAGAAAUCGCUUUGGCGAACCCAGCUUGCAGCCAGUGAACCCGCCUUCCAGAUUGGUGUGAAGACAGAAGUGAGGUGGGGGGAAGGGAGGGGGUGUGAGAGAUCCUGGGAGCGAGAGCGAGAGAGAGGGAGCAAGAAAGGAAGAGCGAGCGAGCGAGAGAGAGCGAAUAAGAGAGAGAGUAAGAGAGAGAGAGAAGAAGAAGAGGAAGAAGAGGAGGCGGCGGCAGCGGAGGAGGAGGAAGACUAGUGGGGGGAAAGGAAGAGUGAGCGAGAGCAAGUUAAGGAGAGGGGGUGUAAGAGCCAGCGAAUUAUUUUUCUUUUUCUAUUAUUAUUUUGACGACUCCUGAGUUGCGCCCAUGCUCUUGUCAGCUUCGUUUUAGGCAUAGCAUGGCCAGGCAGAAGAAAAUGGGGCAAAGCGUGCUCCAGGCGGUCUUCUUUUUAGUCCUGGGGCUUUUGGGUCAUUCUCACGGAGGAUUCCCCAACACCAUCAGCAUAGGUGGACUUUUCAUGAGAAACACAGUGCAGGAGCACAGCGCUUUCCGCUUUGCCGUGCAGUUAUACAACACCAACCAGAACACCACCGAGAAGCCCUUCCAUUUGAAUUACCACGUAGAUCACUUGGAUUCCUCCAAUAGUUUUUCUGUGACAAAUGCUUUCUGCUCCCAGUUCUCGAGAGGGGUGUAUGCCAUCUUUGGAUUCUAUGACCAGAUGUCAAUGAACACCCUGACCUCCUUCUGCGGGGCCCUGCACACGUCCUUUGUUACGCCUAGCUUCCCCACUGACGCAGAUGUGCAGUUUGUCAUCCAGAUGCGCCCAGCCUUGAAGGGCGCUAUUCUGAGUCUUCUGGGUCAUUACAAGUGGGAGAAGUUUGUGUACCUCUAUGACACAGAACGAGGAUUUUCCAUCCUCCAAGCGAUUAUGGAAGCAGCAGUGCAAAACAACUGGCAAGUGACAGCAAGGUCUGUGGGAAACAUAAAGGAUGUCCAAGAAUUCAGGCGCAUCAUUGAAGAAAUGGACAGGAGGCAGGAAAAGCGAUACUUGAUUGACUGCGAAGUCGAAAGGAUUAACACAAUUUUGGAACAGGUUGUGAUCCUGGGGAAACACUCAAGAGGUUAUCACUACAUGCUCGCUAACCUGGGUUUUACUGAUAUUUUACUGGAAAGAGUCAUGCAUGGGGGAGCCAACAUUACAGGUUUCCAGAUUGUCAACAAUGAAAACCCUAUGGUUCAGCAGUUCAUACAGCGCUGGGUGAGGCUGGAUGAAAGGGAAUUCCCUGAAGCCAAGAAUGCACCACUAAAGUAUACAUCUGCAUUGACACACGACGCAAUACUGGUCAUAGCAGAAGCUUUCCGCUAUCUGAGGAGGCAGCGAGUGGAUGUGUCCCGGAGAGGAAGUGCUGGAGACUGCUUAGCAAAUCCUGCUGUGCCCUGGAGUCAAGGAAUUGAUAUUGAGAGAGCUCUGAAAAUGGUGCAAGUACAAGGAAUGACUGGAAACAUCCAAUUUGACACUUAUGGGCGUAGAACAAAUUAUACCAUCGAUGUCUAUGAAAUGAAAGUCAGUGGCUCUCGAAAAGCCGGCUACUGGAAUGAGUAUGAAAGGUUUGUGCCUUUCUCAGAUCAGCAAAUCAGCAAUGACAGUGCAUCCGCAGAGAAUCGGACCAUAGUAGUGACUACUAUUCUGGAAUCACCAUAUGUAAUGUACAAGAAGAACCAUGAGCAACUGGAAGGAAAUGAACGAUAUGAAGGCUAUUGUGUAGACCUAGCCUAUGAAAUAGCCAAACAUGUGAGGAUCAAAUACAAAUUAUCCAUCGUUGGUGACGGGAAAUAUGGUGCAAGGGAUCCAGAGACUAAAAUAUGGAAUGGCAUGGUUGGGGAACUCGUCUAUGGGAGAGCUGAUAUAGCUGUUGCUCCACUUACUAUAACAUUGGUCCGUGAAGAAGUCAUAGAUUUUUCAAAGCCAUUCAUGAGCCUGGGCAUCUCCAUCAUGAUAAAGAAGCCUCAGAAAUCAAAACCAGGAGUAUUCUCAUUUCUGGAUCCCUUGGCUUAUGAAAUCUGGAUGUGCAUUGUCUUCGCUUACAUUGGAGUCAGUGUAGUUCUUUUCCUAGUCAGCAGAUUCAGUCCUUAUGAAUGGCACUUGGAAGACAACAAUGAAGAACCUCGUGACCCUCAGAGUCCUCCUGAUCCUCCAAAUGAAUUUGGAAUAUUUAACAGUCUUUGGUUUUCCUUGGGUGCCUUUAUGCAGCAAGGAUGUGACAUUUCUCCAAGAUCACUCUCCGGGCGCAUUGUUGGAGGGGUUUGGUGGUUCUUCACCCUGAUCAUAAUUUCUUCCUAUACUGCCAAUCUCGCUGCUUUCCUGACUGUGGAGAGGAUGGUUUCUCCCAUAGAGAGUGCUGAAGACUUAGCUAAACAGACUGAAAUUGCAUAUGGGACCCUGGACUCUGGUUCAACGAAAGAAUUUUUCAGAAGAUCCAAAAUUGCUGUGUACGAGAAAAUGUGGUCUUACAUGAAAUCAGCAGAGCCAUCUGUGUUUACCAAAACAACAGCAGACGGAGUGGCCCGAGUGCGAAAGUCCAAGGGAAAGUUCGCCUUCCUGCUGGAGUCAACCAUGAAUGAGUACAUUGAGCAGAGAAAACCAUGUGAUACGAUGAAAGUUGGUGGAAAUCUGGAUUCCAAAGGCUAUGGUGUGGCAACCCCUAAAGGCUCAGCAUUAAGAAAUGCUGUUAACCUGGCAGUAUUAAAACUGAAUGAGCAAGGCCUCUUGGACAAAUUGAAAAACAAAUGGUGGUACGACAAAGGAGAGUGCGGCAGCGGGGGCGGUGACUCCAAGGACAAGACCAGCGCUCUGAGCCUGAGCAAUGUCGCAGGCGUUUUCUAUAUACUUGUUGGAGGUCUGGGGCUGGCCAUGAUGGUGGCUUUGAUAGAAUUCUGUUACAAAUCACGGGCAGAGUCCAAACGCAUGAAACUCACAAAGAACACCCAAAACUUUAAGCCUGCUCCUGCCACCAACACUCAGAAUUAUGCUACAUACAGAGAAGGCUACAACGUGUAUGGAACAGAGAGUGUUAAGAUCUAGGGGUACGGUUAAGAUCCCUUCCCACUGGAGGCAUGUGAUGAGAGGAAAUCACCGAAAACGUGGCUGCUUCAAGGAUCCUGAGCCAGAUUUCACUCUCCUUGGUGUCGGGAAUGACACGAAUAUUGCUGAUGGUGCAAUGACCUUUCAAUAGGAAAAACUGAUUUUUUUUUCCUUCAGUGCCUUAUGGAACACUCUGAGACUCGCGACAAUGCAAAUCAUCAUUGAAAUCUUUUUGCUUUGCUUGAAAAAAAUAAUUAAAAUAAAAACCAACAAAAAAUGGACAUGCAAGAUUCCAGUAUGUGAAAAAAAUCUUAUUAAAUCAAUUCAACAAAAGCCAUUCUUUGAUACCACUGCAGAGUAUUCAAACACCAUGUUCUUUAAUACACACACACACACACACACACACACACACACAUUUGAAUUCCAAUUCAGCAAAGAGGCCCAUCUAAGCUAAAAGAAUUAAUUUCUCCUGAUUAAAAAGAAAAAAAUCUGUCUCCCAGUGUUUGGGAAGACAGACUGGCAUUUCUUCUAGGAUCUGCUGACCAGAUGUUUUUGGUAUUUCCUGUUGGUGGUGAUGUUCUGUGCACCCUAUUUCCUUUCAAUGUUGCUGAAAUGUGUGUAUCUUUAGAAUGUAAAUGCAACACUUAAGAAAAUUCAAACACUUUGGAAAAGGGACUAAACAGUGACUUCUCUGUGCUCUUGAAAUGGUUUUGUGAAAAUGCUUUGAUAACUUCCCACUCGAUGAAGAGAUUAACAGAGCUUUCAAAAUUGAUUUUGUGUGUAGCAAGGGAUGGGGCACUAUCAGGAUCUACCUCUUGGUGCUUUCCUAGAAUGGAUCCCGGGGCUUUCCAAGAAGUCUGGAAUUUCAGCUCACAGAUCUGUUUUUCUUGCUUCAGUGUGCAUUUUAAGUCAAUAAAGCUGCGUAUUUAGCAUUGAGGUGAGGGAAAUGCUGCCUAUACUACCAGAUGUGUUUAGAAUAUAUCAGAAACAACACUGUGUUUAGCUCGGCUUUCUCUGUCUGCUAAGUAUGCCUUUCAAGUGUACACCACGGAGACAGGACCGCGUUGCAAGGCGGAACAGCAGGUUCAGACCAGUUUUCAGUCUGACUUUACUCUUGCUGGGUCUGUCCUAGUAGCUGUUGCCUGCUACUGCCCAUGGCUCUCCAUCGGACUGCAUGUGAUCUUUUCUAGUUUGCAAAGACUAAAAUGCAUUCCCAAAUGUACUGCUAAUCUGAGGGCCUCAGCAUCACUCCCAGAUCCUUGCUUGGAGCAGUCUCUCUAUUGACUCUCUCAGAUCGCUCCACUGCUCCAUGGGCUAUCAAGUAACUAACUGCAUACCUGCCGUUGGCAUCAUCGGAACAGUCUGAAGAAAUAGUCUCCACUCACUAAUUACCUCCUAUAUAAAGACGUAUGCUUCCUGUAGUUCAGUAGUUUGCUCUCAUCAGUAAUGUGCAUUGGGAAGAUUCCAGACUGCAAAAACUAGGAGCUCGCAUUCAUUUCCCAAGUGUGACCCUUAGAUGCUUUAGUUGACUCGCUGCAUAUUUGCUCUUGUCUUCAGAAAAGAAAGAAAGAAGUAUUGUUCCAACGAAAUGUUUCCAGAAAAGUGUAAUAUAAACUUUCAUUCCAAAAAUGGUGUCAUAAGCAAAUAACUCACUUGUCAAAUUUCAAAUGAUAUUGAACAAAAAAAGAAAGCUGUUGUGUUUUUGUUUUGUUUUGUUUUCAUGAAACUGUGAUUUUCAACUUAUGAAUGCUAUAAUGUCCCAGCGCGGGAAGCUCACGCUGUGUGAACACAAAGUUGUAUAAAACAAACCAACCAACCUACACACAAACGUUUUCAUAGGCACUGUAUAAAGAAAAAUGUAUGUUUAUUAACUCAAAUCAGUUUUUCAGAGAGGAAACUUCACUGAGAUGAAGAGGCGGGUAAAUUGGUUUGUUAUUUUUUAAAAAAAACUUGCAUGUUUAAAAAAACGUUGAUUGCUUCAAAUUUCUGCUACUAACUUCAAGCUAUGGGAGUUUGGCAGUAGUCACUUGAGGAUUCUUUUCCAAUUCUUUUCUUUUUGUUGUUAAAGCUGUACUUCAGUGAACAGAAAAAUUGCCAAGCAAACUAAUGGCUGUAAAAGCGUAAAUUGCAUGUGUGGGCAUAAAUUACAGAACCUCAUUGCCAUGAGGUAUUGUACAAAGUUUUAAUACAUUUUGUAAAUAAAAUUGUAAAGAAAGAA